GAUUUCUAUUGUUGGAUAGUUUUUUAUGCAUAAAAUUUGUGUAACUAUUAUAUGUUAUGAUAUCUGAUCGCACUAGAUAUUAGGCACUUUCUCCGUUUAUUUAACAUUUUAGGAUUAUUGUAGUUUGCUGGGUGCUUAAUGAUGCAGUUUAUGCUGUAAAGUGUUUCUUCUUUCCUUUGUUUUUCUUAAUUGCAUUAGAUAAUAUUACGAAUAAAUGGUGGUUUUUAGAAUUUAUGGCUUACCAUGGGGCUUAGAUAAUGUAGGGUAUGUAUUGCUUAUUUGAAAAAAAUCUAUCCGAGUUUUAACUGCUCUAUCAUAUGUUACUCUACAGCUCAAGGGCAAGUAGGAGAAACUGCUCUGAAUGAUAGAAGUUCAAGAUCACAUCAGAUACUGGGACUGGAAUUAAUAUAUUUUACUGCACAUUGUGCUUAAUUCCGGUUGAAGUUGAUCUUAAUCGUUUAAUUCUGGUAUGAUACCUGCUCGAAAUGUUUGCAUUAAUUGUAAAUUUUUUGCAUUUUUCACUGUGAUUUUGAUACGGAGUAACACUUACUCUCUCCUCGUCCUCAACAUCACUUUCCGAACUACACCAGAUGACUUGUUUCCGUUGUUUGACAAGUAUGGCAAGGUUGUUGACAUCUUCAUCCCUCGUGACCGAAGGACUGGGGAAUCCCGCGGUUUUGCCUUUGUUCGAUACAAGUAUGCUGAUGAAGCACAGAAGGCUGUGGAUAGGCUUGAUGGGAGGGUGGUGGAUGGUAGAGAAAUGGCUGUCCAAUUCGCGAAAUAUGGUCAGAAUGCUGAGAAAAUUCGAUUGAGUUUGCGGAAAUCUACACUUCUGUCAUGAACUCUUCCAGGCCUAGUCCGGAAGAUUUGAACAUGAAACACGAGGAAGAGAAAGGGUUAAUGGUGAAUGUACUGAAAAAUAUCUAAUAUUUGUGUGUUUUGGUAUCUGCUUCUAUUGGAUGCAUCCUGUGAAAUAGUAUUCGAUAGAAUAUAUAGCUCUCAGAAAUUUGACAGAGUUAGUAAUGAACCUAACCCUGUGGAUGUGAAAAGAAUGUAAAUAAAGUGGAAUAUGAUCAAGUACUGAGCUAAUAUGUUA